GAGGGCAGCAGCAGGUUGGACCUCUGGCAGACAACUUCAUUAUAUAUAUAGGGUGUCUUACCUGCACCCCCAGCACCCUAACAGCUGGGAGGCAUUGGGUGCUCAUCCCUCAUGUGGGUUCUAUCAGCACUCUCAGCUCUCUCAGCACUCUCAGCACUCUCAGCACUCUCAGCACAGCAGCAGCUGUCUCUGCCUGGGACUGUCUACUCUGGGACCCACCUUGCUGCCCCUGUUCAACUGCAACUUGCUUCCCAGUUGGAAGGAUAAAGCGGCGAUGUGGAGUUGAAGAGUUCCGGCCAGACGAGCAGCCCGGGGGAUAAUGGACAUUAAUGCGAUGGCUGUGCGCGCUCUCCGCUCUCUCUGAGGUCGUUCCCGCGUCGGACUGAGCGCUCGCAAAAGGGCAAUGGCCUCCUUCACCCCUUGGAAACUGUCGUCCCAGAAGCUGGGCUUCUUCCUGGUGACUUUCGGCUUCAUUUGGGGCAUGAUGUUGUUGCAUUUCACCAUACAGCAGCGGACUCAGCACGAGAGCAGCUCCAUGCUCCGAGAGCAGAUUUUGGAUCUUAGCAAGAGAUAUAUCAAGGCGCUGGCCGAGGAGAACAGGAACGUGGUGGAUGGUCCAUAUGUCGGCACCAUGACUGCGUACGAUCUGAAAAAGACUCUUGCUGUGCUGCUUGACAAUAUUCUCCAGCGGAUUGGCAAACUGGAGUCCAAGGUGGAUAAUCUUGUGAUAAAUGGGACAGGGACAAACUCUACGAACAUCAGCACCACGGCCAUUCCCAGCACUGGCGCCGGGGAGAAACUCAAUGUAGCUGAUAUCAUUAACGGAGCCCAGGAACAGUGUGAAUUGCCUCCCAUGGAUGGCUACCCUCAUUGUGAGGGAAAGAUCAAGUGGAUGAAAGAUAUGUGGCGAUCGGAUGUUUGCUACUCUAACUAUGGCGUCGACGGAUCCACCUGCUCGUUCUUUAUUUACCUCAGUGAGGUUGAAAACUGGUGCCCCCGACUCCCGUGGCGAGCUGUGAACCCCAACGACGAAGCCGACAGAAAGAACCUGGCUGAAAUCCGCACCGACUUCGACGAUCUUUACAAAGUCAUGGCGAAGCACGAGGAGUUUCGGUGGAUGACCCUGCGAAUCAGAAGGAUGGAUGACACUUGGAUAGAAGCCAUCAAGUCGCUGGCAGAUAAGCAGAAUCUGGAGAAACGGAAGAGGAAAAAGAUCCUCAUCCAUCUCGGGCUGCUGACAAAGGAAUCCGGAUUCAAGAUUGCCGAAAAUGCGUUUAGCGGUGGCCCUCUCGGAGAAUUAGUGCAGUGGAGUGACUUAAUUACAUCGCUUUACUUACUGGGCCAUGAUGUGAGGAUUUCUGCUUCAAUAGCCGAGCUGAAAGAGAUAAUGAAGAAAGUGGUCGGAAAUAGGUCCGGUUGCCCUACACAAGGAGACAAAGUGGUGGAACUUAUUUACAUUGAUAUCGUGGGACUCUCGCAGUUCAAAAAGACUCUUGGCCCCUCCUGGGUUCAUUACCAGUGCAUGCUGCGCGUUCUGGAUUCCUUUGGAACCGAGCCCGAGUUUAACCACGCCCACUAUGCGCAGUCGAAAGGCCACAAAACUCCAUGGGGCAAAUGGAACCUUAACCCUCAGCAGUUCUACACCAUGUUCCCUCAUACCCCAGACAACAGCUUCCUGGGCUUCGUGGUGGAGCAGCACCUGAACGCCAGUGACAUCAGACACAUGAAUGACAUCAAGCGGCAGAACCAAUCACUGGUCUACGGCAAGGUGGAUAACUUCUGGAAGGACAAGCAUUCCUACCUGGAUAUCAUCCACACGUACAUGGAGGUCCACGGCACCGUGCACGAGAAGGGAACCCUUUACAUGCCCAGUUACGUCAAGAACCACGGCAUCCUCAGUGGGCGGGACUUGCAGUUCCUCCUCCGGGAAACAAAAUUGUUUGUAGGCCUGGGCUUCCCAUACGAAGGGCCGGCUCCUCUGGAAGCCAUUGCCAAUGGCUGUGCUUUUCUCAACCCCAAAUUCAACCCACCGAAAAGCAGCAGGAAUACGGAUUUCUUUAAAGGGAAACCGACCCUACGAGAGCUGACGUCCCAGCACCCAUACGCAGAGGUGUACGUAGGGAAACCGCACGUCUGGACUGUGGAUAUUAACAAUCGGGAGGAAGUGGAAAAGGCGGUGAAAGAGAUUCUGAAUCAGAAGAAUGAGCCCUAUCUGCCCUAUGAGUUCACAUGUGAGGGGAUGCUCCAGAGGGUCAACGCCUUCAUAGAAAAACAGGACUUCUGUCACGGGCAAGUGAUGUGGCCGCCAUUAAGCGCGCUGCAGGUGAAAAUCGCAGAACCAGGAAAGUCGUGCAAACAAGUGUGCCAGGAGGAGCAGCUGAUCUGCGAGCCGUCCUACUUCCAGCACCUCAACAAGGACACAGACCUGGCUAAGUUCGGGGUCCGAUGCCAGUCGUCCGAAACCGCGAACGACAUUGUGGUCCCGUCAUUGGACGAGAAGCGAAACCAUUGUGUUCUACAGGGCGACCUUCUGCUCUUCAGCUGCGCCGGGUCCCAUUCCAACCACAAACGCGUCUGCCCCUGCAGGGACUACAUGAAGGGACAGGUGGCGCUGUGCAAAGACUGCCUAUAGCAGAGGGGCAGCCGCCAUGGAUAAGCUAAAAAAAAAACCACCCGGGAGCCGCGGGCGAGCUUGCCGGUCCUGUCCCACCAGUUCACGUCGCCAUUCGGACGCGGACACUUUCUCCAGUGGCCCAAAGAGGACGCGUUUAAAAAAACGUGCGCUUGAAGACGUCCAGGGUUUGGAACAACCCCCCCCUGCAAAAAAACAAACAUUGGGGGCAGAUUUAGCGAGGUGUUUACAGCGGAGGGGGGGGACUCUGUCGAACAUGCGGGGCGUGUCAUGCAGAGGCGCUGGGAUCCGUACAACCCGCUGCAUGCUGCUACUUCACAAAUCCAGUUGUGUGUGGGGCUCCGCCCCCCGGGAAAUCCAGCGGCAGCGCAAAGCAUGACUACUUAGCGGAUCUGCCAAGAGCUAACACUUCCUGUGCACUAAACGAUGGCGUUACCCACCAUGCACUCUGCUCAGCCGAGCUUGGGGGGGGGGGAUGUAGAUUAGAUGCAACCAAGGAGUUAACCUUCCAUCCUCUGUAAUUAUAGGAAAAAACGUGUAAUUAUUAUUUGUUUCUAUUUAAUUUAUCCCUCUGCUUCAUCCACGCCUCCGAAACGCAACAGCCCCCCCCCCAUAGUAACCGAGGCAGCAAAGGCUUCUGGGAGCAACCGGUGACCAAAAUCGGCGUCGUGCGAUGUUUUGUCGUAGCUAGCAACGGCCGUAGCGUAGGAAUAACGCCGCUAAUCUCUCACCGCGUGACGUCGGAGAUCAGUGUAACCGGAUUGGAUGUAUGGAGAUGCCCCUCCCCUACCUCCUUGAUUUUGGCUAUAGGCAUGACUGUAAGCUAAUGGUGUAUAUAUUCAACAUACGUGGAGUAUUUUCCUCUAGGUAUUUAUAAUGCUGGAAGGGUGUACAUACUUUUUAUGUUCAGAAUCUUUUUUUUUUUUCCUGGGGGGGGGUAUUUGGGGUAAAACCCCAUUUCCUGUAGAUACAGAGCCUAUACCAUGGGCUUUGGUUCCUCCAGUAUUUCAGCUGCAACUCCCAGUCAGCGGUUCUCUAUGAUUAUUACACUGGGUGCAAGCAGAGGGGCUGGAACAUAUAGUAAAGCUUGGUGGAAGCGGCGGAGCUCAGUGAUUGGACGGCUUGUGAGAUUGCCAUCCACCAAAGCCCACAAAAAUGUCUGCUUAUUGGGUUAAUAAUAGUUUUUCCAGUGCAAUUGCAGAAUGGUUUCAUUUCACUUUUGAUCCCGCCCCCGAGGUUCUUUCAAUGGUUUCAUUUCACUCUUGAUCCCGCCCCUGAGGUUCUUUCAGUGGUUUCAUUUUGCUCUUGAUCCUGCCCCCGAGGUUCUUUCAAUAGUUUAAUUUUACUCUUGAUCCUGCCCCCGAGGUUCUUUCAAUGGUUUCAUUUUACUCUUGAUCCCGCCCCUGAGGGGAUGGAAACCAUUUUCUUAGCAAGACUUAAGAUAUUCUAUAAGAAAUAAAGAGUUGGUGCCAAGGUGCGGCUCCCCCUGGUCUUGCAAUGGGGUCGUUACAAUCGUACCCCCAAAGUAACCAAUCCCCAAAGUAACCAAUCCCCUUCUGGAUCUCAUAGCAAUGUACAGGGGACUGUGGGUUUGACUCGCUCGCUGCCUCGUUGCCAGGGGAACAUGAUAAAUAUUGGUUAUAUUUUGUUGUUCUAGGCCCAUUGGGAGAGAGAGAAUUGAAAUCAUCUUGAAAUUGAAAUGUUUGUAUGGUGCAGACAAUGAUAUUGUAAGACAUACUGGAAGUUAUACCGUUGCUGUGCCAGGACUGGUGGAACCUGAUAGAGUUACUAUGGGCUGUUAUGGGUCAGAGUCUGACCUGUUGUUAGGUGAAAACCCAAACAGCCACUAGGGGGAGUGUUACAGGAAGCCACAUUUGUUUAUGGGAGGAGCUUAGCUCUACCACAUAUCCCUGUUUAUCGGGGAAUCAAAUCAAAAAGUGAUAAUUUUCUUUGCCAUAUCAAUAAUUUUGCCUUUGGUUAUAUUUCCCCUUUACUUGGGAACCCAUUUAAGGUCUCAGUUGAAGUCGUAUUUCCCGUUGUCCCAUUAUAAAUACUAUUCCUGCUGAUCUUUGAUGACUGAGAGGUUAGUUAACAUAUGUGGGAGUGGCUUUUAGCCAAGUGGGUGUGAUUUUGAGUGCCAGUCAUGGUUGGGGAGGGGCUGGGCUUAAGAGAUAAUGAACAUCUGUGAGUGGGGUGGGACUUACAGGUAAGUGGGCUGGGCUUGGAGUAGUUGGUAUGGCUGGAAGUAGCUGGGUGUGGCUUCUGGGGCCUCUAGCCGCCUCCUAUUAGUGAUUUGCGUAUGGUCCCCAGACAGAAAUAUCUCUUUCUAAUUAUCUCUGAUUAAUAUUUUAUUUUAAUGUUUUUUUUCCCAGGGCAGAAUUAAUGUGUAAGAAGAUUUAUCAUUUCUGUUAUCGCUUAUUAUUGGGUGUAAUUGAAGAAAUAUAUUAUCUGCUCUGGGAAUAUAAUGAGCCGCUCUCCACAGAAUUCAUACUAAUUAUUGAAAUCCUUAAUUGGCUCCGUGACUCCGCCCCCUCCCUUGUGAGGCAUUUAAUGAUCACUUAUUAAUAUAAUUAAUGGCAAAAACAAGGCACAGCCAAUUAACUCAUCUACUGAGCAUCGGUGGCUCCUUCAGCCUCUCCCCCAUCAUCUUCAUUAACCAUUUAACCAUUUGGCAUUUUAACCAUUAGCCAUUUUGGAUCAAAGCGGGGCCCUGAUUUCAGCUCCUCCACAACUCGUUAUUAUUAUGUUAUUCCAAGGGGUCGUUAGUCUAUCACUGCCUGUAAGCAAAGCUCUUUAGGGGAAGAAUAAUGGAGGGACAGCUGUUAGGGCAGGGCAAGAUGGCCGCCAUAGAGCAACAUGGUGACAUUGGCAUCUGUAGAGCAAGAUGGUGGCAGUAGGGGCUCGAUGUCUGCCACAGAGCAGGAUAGUGUCAUUGGAGGCAAUAUGGCUGCCAUAGGCAAGAUAGUGUCAGGGGGGCAAGAUGGUGACUGUGGUGCUGCUGUAGAGCAAGAUGGUGACAGUGGGGCAAUAUGGCUGCCAUACAGUACAAUGGUGACAGUAAGGGCAAGUGGCUACUGUAGAGCCAUAUGGCGACCAUGGUGAAAGAUGGCUGCUGUAGAGCAAAUGGUGACAUUAGAGCAAGAUGAUGACUGGGACAAGAUGGCGGCUGUUCAUAUGGAUGAGUAAAAUGGCAGCUGUUGAGCAACUUAGUGAGAGGGGGUAAGACUACUGGAGAGCAGAUGUUGACAGUAGGGGCAAGAUGAUGACUGGGACAAGAUGGCGGCUGUAGAGCAACAUUCUGACAGGGGGGUAAGACUGCCAUAGAGCAGUGGCUACCAUAGAGCAAGAUAGUAAGAAUAGGGGCAAGAUGGCGACUGUGGUGCCAAAUGGCUGCUGUAGAGCAAGAUGGUGACAGUGGGGCAAUAUGGCAGCUGUAGAGCAACAUAGUGACAGGGGGGUAAGACUGCCAUAGAGCAGAUGUUGCCAGUAGGGGCAAGAUGGCUACCAUAGAGCAAGAUAGUAUGAAUAGGGGCAAGAUGGCAGCUGUAUGUAUAUGUACCAAUGUCAUCCAACCUGCUGUCGCCAUGACAACCCCUCCUGUCAUCAUUCCAUCAUCGUCGGCUUCUUUUUCCCUGAAAGAAAUGGGCAUUUUCUAACAUAGUUUGUUGCACUGAUAAAUGAUAUAUAUAUAUAUAAUGCUAAUAUAUUUACCUUGCACAAAGCCGAGGGGAUUGUGGGUAUUUAACUUUGUUUGUCAUUUGUUUGUCACAAUAAAAGUCCUAAAUAGAAGAAUAAAAGCCCAUUCUGGGAUGGACCACGUACAUCACACUGUUACUACCAAUGGGAACCUCAUUUAUCUCAUAUCUAUAUAAAUAUGCAAUUUCUUUUGCACAUGUACAAACUGGGUUCUGUUUGGGUUCCACGCUCCGGGUUCCGUUCAUUCCGUGUCGAUACAGUACGUGCCUUCAGGUUGCUCUGAGCCGUGGCUUCUGGUUCCGUGGCUCCGACGUGACACAGUUAUCACUUCUUUAUAUUGAUUUACCAAAAUAUGGGGGUUUUUUCUGCCCGACAGAAUCAAGUCUGCCUGAGGAAUGUCUGUAUUCCCAUUUCCCCCUGAAGCAAUUAAAACGUUAAUUAAUACCUGUACUUCCUAAUUAUCUGCUGCCUGUAGUGUCCUUGGUUACGGUGUCUCACUGAGGUAUCUGGGAUGCCUUUAAUAAAGCAAUGCCAUGUACAAAGCCUGUAUAUAGAUGCCCACUCUGUGCCAGAAGCUGAAAUGUUCCUUUCUUGUGUCUCCGUUCUACCAGUUUUUGUUCUCGCUACUCUAGAACAUACUUGUGUCUCUCCCACUCGCUCUUCUGAGGAUCCAAUUGAUGGAAACUCUUGUAUAUAUGGUCAACGUACCUUUAGGCUUCCACCAAAUGGGAAGGUUGGUCACUUUACUUUCCUAAGAUAAGUCAUGUUGGCGUUGGAGAAGUCUUGAUGGAAAGUCAUUAGGAGAAUUUUAAUGGGAACCUGGGACUUGGUUACAGGGGGACAUGAGGGUUGGAGAAGUUGGAGUAGUCUCCACACAAAGUCUUUGGCAAAGUUGAGAAAGGCAGAGUCGUAUAUUUCGCUGGGUACUGGCGACUUCUGGGGCAAGUGGAGGUUGAUGGUUUCCAUCCCUCUGAGGAGACGGCAGCAGAAUGAAUAAACUUCAUGAAACUUUUCUAAGAUGAGACAUGUUGGGACUGGAGUUGUCUUGAUGGAAAGUCAUCAGGAGAAUUUUACUGGGAACCUGGGACUUAGCUACAGGGGCAUGUGAGGGUUGGAGAAGUCUCCACACAAAGUCUGUGGCAAAGUUGAUUUGUUGGCAGAGUUGUAUAUUUCACUGGGUACAGAGGAAUUAGCCUUUGGGGCAAGUGGAGGUUGAUGGUUUCCAGCCUUCUGAGGAGACGGCAGCAGAUAGAAUAAACUUCAUGUAGCUUUUGGAGUUGGGGUUGGAGUUGUCUUGAUGGAAAGUCAGUAGGAAAGCUUUAAUGGGAACCUGGGACUUAGCUACAGGGGCAUGUGAGGGUUGGAGAAGUUUGAGUAGUCUCCACACAACGUUGGUUUGUUGGCAGAGUUGUAUAUUUCACUGGGUACUGAGGAAUUAGCCUUUGGGGCAAGUGGAGGUAGAUGGUUUCCGGCCUUCUGAGGAGAUGGCAGCAACUAACAGUAGACUUCACAUAACUUUUCUAAGACCAGACAUGUUGGGGUUGUCUUGAUGGAAAGUCAGUAGGAAAACUUUAAUGGGAACCUGGGACUUAGCUACAGGGGUAUGUGAGGGUUGGAGAAGUCUCCUCACAAAGUCUUUGGCAAAGUUGAGAAAGGUGGAGUCGUAUAUUUCACUGGUUACUGGUGACUUCUGGGGAAGAGCCAUAUAUUUUAGUGGGUACUGGGGACUUUAGCUUCUAGGGUAUUUAGAGGUUGCUGGUUUCCACCCUUCUGGGGAAAUGGCAGAAGCUACAGGAGACAUCCCUUAAGUUUUCUCCAACAAGUCAUGUUGGGGUUGGAGUUGUUGGGUCUCAGUGCAAAGUCUUUGGGGGUAGUUAAUGUGUGGAGGCAGUUCUGCACAUUAAUAUGGCAGCGGGGAGCUGGCUACAGGGGCACGGGGAGGUUGCUGGUUGCACCUUAUGGGGAGACGACAGAAGGUACAGGAAACGUUACUAAUUCAUGUUGGGUUUGUAGCUGUUGGAGCUUUAGGGUUGUCUCACGUUUUGGGAAAGAUAAAUUGAAGGGCAAAUCAAUGUUUAUUAAUAUUAUUGGAUAGUCAAUAACAGACACAGUAGACUUUCCAUAGAUCCUGUUUGGAGAUUAUUCCAGGAUUAUUGUUAUUGAGUCUGGUCUUUAGAAAAGUCAAGUCUAAAGCUACAAAUAUUUGCCCUGACUGGGUGGGCUCUGGGGCAAAAACUAUAAGAAAAUAAUAACCUACUAACAAGGAACAAUCCUUGUAUGAUACCCCCAACAACACACAUCUGGCCCACAAAUCCUAGUAGGGAAAUGAGUCUAGAAUACUCUUUUUGUGUAGGAAACCAAACUUGCCCCAUCUCCACGGCAAUACGGCCUUACUUUAUGGCCCUCCAGCUACAAGUUGAGUCCAACCACCUCUCGCCCACCUCUGCUCCACAUGUCUAACCCUAACCCAGGUCUUCAUACACCAACUAGAGGUUUAUUUGUAACGUGUUGCUAAUCUAUUGAGCUGUAUAAAGAGGUCUGGAUCCCACGUGUAAAUGUCUGUCUGUACCUUUUGUUGAGAUGAAUCAUGCGUUUCCUGUUCUCAUUGUUGUAGAAAAAAAAAGAGAAAAUUUAGGAAGAACUUUAUUUUUCAAUAAAUCUUUUUUCUGGUGUCA